AUGACUGAUGCCAGGUUCAGGGGUGACACAGCACAGUCUUGGACAGGGGGUGACAUCCAGCUUAAGAGGUACUGGCAGCUGGAGACUGGGGCUCUGGCAGCUCACAUGGUGCUAAGCUGGGGUCCUAAUGGUGGUGUCUGGCAUGCACUGAGGCCAGGUGUGGUUUUUCUGCAUUUCCCUGGGGCUACACUGAAGCACGUGGAUCCCUGUUUGCCCUGGACUGCACUGAAGUAUUUGGAGCUACGGACAAUUCCCUUCAAUAACCAGGCCCUCAGCUUCCUCAUAUGUAAGACCAACUACAGCAUUGGUGCCCACUUCUUUCUUCUGGGAUUCUCCGACUGGCCAUCACUCCAGCCGCUACUCUUCGCCCUGAUCCUCCUCUGUUACCUCCUUACUCUGGUUGGCAAUUCUACCCUCGUGUUCUUGGCGGUCCGUGAUCCCCGCCUCCACGCGCCUAUGUACUACUUCCUCUGCCACCUCGCCCUGGUGGACGUAUGCUUCACCACCAGCGUUGUUCCGUUGCUGCUGGCCAACCUUUGGGGCUGGGCAAGGGUGCUGUCCCGCGCCGGGUGCAUGACCCAGCUCUACAUCUCCCUGGCCCUGGGCUCCACUGAAUGCGUCCUUCUGGCGGUGAUGGCGCUGGACCGCUCGGCCGCCGUGUGCCGUCCGCUACAUUACACAGCCCUGGCUUCUCCCGGUCUCUGCGGGGCGCUGGCGGCUGCCUGCUGGCUGGGUGGCUUCACCAAUUCGCUGGCGCAGACCGUACUACUGGCCACGCGACAGCUGUGCGGGCCCCGGCUUGUGGACCAUUUCAUCUGCGAGCUGCCAGCCCUGUUGAAACUGGUCUGCGGGGGCGGGGGCGCGGUGGAGCUGCAGAUGUUUGCUGCUCGGGUAGUUAUACUGUUGGUGCCCUCCACUGUCAUCCUGGUUUCCUAUGGGGCUGUGGGCCAGGCGGUAUUGAAGAUGAAAUCUCAGACAGGGAGGAGAAAAGCAAUGGGGACCUGCGGUUCCCACCUCACUGCUGUCUGUCUCUUCUAUGGUUCUGCCAUCUACACAUACCUGCAGCCUACACACAGUUACUCCCAAGGGCAGGGCAAGUUCGUCUCCUUGUUCUACACUGUGGUCACUCCUGCCCUCAACCCUAUCAUCUACACCCUGAGGAACAAGGAGGUGAAGGGGGCUGCGAGAAGGCGUCUGGGCAGAGUAGAGUGGAGGGGGAGAUAA